AUGGAAGGUGAAAACUCAGGUUUACCUUUAAUCAAAGAAGAAAAUGACGAUUUUGAGGAUGAACAUACCGAAAUCACAGUUGAUGGAUCCUUAUUUGUAGAUUCUUCCAUAGAAGUGAAAGCUGAGCCAGACUUCAUUGAUUGUGGUGAAGUUGAAGUAAAAUAUACAUGCCAGCCUGUAGAGAGUGAAGAAGACCAUUUAAGUUUUGAUGUGGAAAGGGAAAAGAUCUCUGUUGCAGAAGAAAAUAGACAUUUGGGUAGAAAAGAAAUAUUUUCAAAGAGAAGCAACACAGCAGGGAAGGAAAUAACGUGUGCUGAAUGCCAAAGGACAUUUUCACAUAUGUGUGACCUGAAAUCCCAUAUGAGAAGUCAUACAGGAGAGAAACCAUUCACUGCUCAGUAUGUUCACAAAAGUUUUUCUGCAGCAAGGGAUCUCAAAUAA